CUCAUCCCUCCCCAUCGGAUUAGCAUGCCACCGCCCGAAGAAAACGCUGUAAAGAGCCCACCUUGUCCCUCUCUCCCGAUAAAUUAUGCAGUAAAACGGUUUUAUCAUAUAGAAUUAUUUACAUAAUACAAUAAUACAAUAAUCUAAUAAGAGAUAGAAAAUUAUAUAAAAAUAAUUUCUCUUCACUAUAUAAUUUCUCUAUCCUGUCUCCCCUAAAAAUCCCAUAGAUGAUCACCAUCAUUAUUUCUUCAUCCUGUUACAGUAUUCUCUCUCACAGGUUUAAAAAGAAUCUCAUCUUGUUGCAGUUCAAUCAAUAUUAUCUUUCUCUUCUUGUCUUCUGAUGCUGAAUAUUUUUUAUAAUAUACUCUGAAGUGCAUGUUGCCUUUUCUGGGUUCUCUUUGUGUGGCCAAUGAUUUCUGUUUCCUUCCUAGUAUCGUCAUAGUUGAUAUUUUUUAUUUUUUAUUAUAGAGUCCUUUUUCUAUAGAAAAUUUCAUUUUCCUAUCAGGCAUCAGCGUUUCUUUUUCAGUCGUAAUGGUUUUUGCUGCAAGUAGUUCAGCUGUUUGAGUUAAUGAUACUAAAGGGUUCUCUACUUUUUCUAGUUUUGUUCAAAGGUCCUGGUCUGUUUUCUUCAUUUCUCUAGGUUCUUUCUUACUGUUUUCUUCAGAAGCUUUGAUAAACUUCUCUAAAAUUUGCUAUCUUUACUGAUUAUAAUCCACUGGGAUCUUGUUCUUCACUGUGAUAAUGGCUCCUACUUAUUUCCCUCUUCGAUGGGAGAGUACUGGAGACCAAUGGUGGUAUGCAUCUCCCAUUGAUUGGGCAGCUGCUAAUGGCCACUAUGAUUUGGUCAGGGAGCUUCUUCGCAUUGACAGCAAUCACCUUAUCAAGCUCACUUCUCUCAGGCGAAUUCGACGCCUUGAGACUGUUUGGGAUGAUGAGGAACAGUUUGAUGAUGUUUCCAAAUUUCGUUGUCAAGUUGCUAGAAAACUUUUUGAUGAGUGUGAAUCAAAGAAAGGAAAGAAUUCCCUCAUCCAAGCUGGUUAUGGUGGAUGGCUUAUGUACACUGCUGCUUCUGCUGGAGACUUGAGCUUUGUUCAGGAACUUCUUGAUAGGAACCCUCUACUUGUUUUUGGUGAAGGAGAAUAUGGUGUUACUGAUAUACUUUAUGCUGCUGCCAGAAGUAAGAAUUGUGAGGUUUUCAGGAUUGUUUAUGAUUUUGCUGUUUCCCCAAGGUUUUUGACAGCAAAAAGUGGAGAGUUUGAGGAGCAGAUUGGGGAAAUCCCUUCUCAAUACAAGUGGGAAAUGAUCAAUAGAGCUGUUCAUGCUGCUGCAAGAGGUGGGAAUUCAAUCGUUUUAAAGGAGCUUCUUAGUAAUUGCAGUGAUGUCUUGGCUUAUAGAGAUAAGGAAGGUUCAACUAUUUUACAUGCUGCUGCUGCCAGAGGCCAAGUUGAGGUAGUUAAAGAUCUUACAGCCUCCUUUGAUAUUAUCAAUUCCACAGACCAUCUAGGGAACACAGCAUUGCAUAUUGCUGCUUACAGGGGUCAAUUAUCUGUGGUUGAAGCUCUGAUCAAUGCAUCUCCAUCGUUGAUCUCUUCAACAAACAAUGCUGGAGAAACCUUUCUUCAUAUGGCUGUGUCUGGAUUCCAAACUCCAGCUUUUAAAAGGUUGGAUCGACAGAUUGAGCUUAUGAAGCAAUUGAUUAGUGGGAAAUUUUUCGAUGUGGAAGAUAUCAUCAACGCCAAAAGUAAUGAUGGAAGGACUGCACUCCACACAGCCAUCAUUGGGAAUGUUCACUCUGAUCUCGUGCAGCUCCUGAUGUCUGCUCAGUCAAUAAAUGUGAACGUCCGUGACGCAGAUGGGAUGACGCCUCUUGACCUCCUUAAGCUACGGCCGGAUUCUGCAUCAUCAGAUGUACUGAUCAGGCAGUUGAUUUCAGCUGGUGGGAUUUUUGGUUGCCAGGAUUAUACUGCAAGAAGAGCCAUUGCCUCCCACUUGAAGAUGCAAGGUAAUGGAGUAAGUCCUGGAACUUCCUUCAGAAUCUCCGACACAGAAAUCUUCUUGUAUACAGGUCUUGAGAUUGCAUUUGAUGCCCGUGCUGAUCCAGCUAGUGAAGAAAGAAGCUCAUAUUCAACUGAACAUCUAGACUCCACCAAUGAGAACCAGAGCUCAACAAGUAAUAGGAAGCUGUUGAAAAGAGUCUUCCAUUGGCCACGUCUAAUUGGGAAAAAACCUGAAAGAUUCAACAAAUCAUUGGAUCAAAUUUCUGUAGAAUCAGGCAAGAAAUGCAGUAGUUCAGAAGAAACUCCAACCCCACUUCGACAGAGAUUCAUGAGGCCCUCAUCACUUCCUAACCACAAGAGAACACUUUCUGUUAGUAGUGAUCAAUCAAGUCCAAAAGCCAAGAAGAAACUUGCUUCAGGCAUAAUCCAUGGUGUUAUGCAGGCUAUGCCACAAGUAAACAUUCCAGGUCGAUCGCGCUCGAGUUCAUUUUCAAAAUCAUCCAUGACUUCACCUAGAUCAAUAGAAAAACAAAAAGGGGUGUUUCUCGACGAUGAUGUUGCCGGACCCUCAUCUUCUAAUCAAUCAUUUGAUGAUGGAACAUCAAAUGUGAUAGGAAAAGAAGGAGCCACCAUGAAUAAGAGGUUGAGGAGCCAAUACUUCUGUUUUGGUGCAUCUGGACUUUCUGUUAAAAUCCCAGUUAGCAGGCCAAGACAAAGGUAUAGUUCAAAUCCUUCUGUUCUUUCAGUGGCUUGAUGAAAACAAAGCUAUGCUCUUUGCAGUGAUUGUGGUGUCAAAGAAAGAAAGGAAACCAAACGGUAAACUGUCUAACUUAGAAGAAGAUUAACAAACUCCCUGUCUGUUUCCUGAAUGUUUAGAACGUUGUCUUGCUUAAUGUGUGUAUGCUGUGUAAUCGGACUUAAAACUUUGUCUGAAGUACAUCUUGUACUUUAUGUGAAGUUUGCAAGAAAGGAGAAGUAUGCUUUAGUUGUAUGUAAUGACUUUCUGAAGUCAUUGCCAUUAAUGUUUCUGUGAAA